AUGUCAAGUGAAGUGACAAGAGCUGAAAACGAAUAUUCUAAAAAGACUCAUAUACAUUCUAUAUCUGAAAUAACAGACUUAAACGUUAGCCUUGAAAAGAAAGCGGAUAAGGAAUAUGUGGCUAGUAAGUUAGAGAAGAAAGCAGAUAAGGAAUAUGUGGAUGAAAAAGAUAAUGAAAUUAUAGAAAGGGCUGAAUGGUAUCAUGAAUGGACAUCGAAGAUUUUAAAAAGUAAAGCCGAUACAGGAUGGGUUUCAGGAUGUUUAGACCUUAAAGCAGAUAAAACUUAUGUUAACGAUGAGUUAGAGAAGAAAGCAAAUAAGACUCAUACACAUACAAGUUUUACAACUUUUACAGCAGACGACAUAAUAUUGAACUUUGACCUUGGUUCAAGUGCACCUUUAGAGAAUCCAAGUACAAGCGUAAAAGAUACACUAAACAAUUUAGAUAACAGUUGCAGGAACAUUGAAAGUCAUGCCAGAAACUUUGAAGCAUAUGAACUACCAGCAAUGUUAGAUAAGAAGGCUGACAAAACAGAGCUUCAAACAUUAAAGACUGAAAUACUUCAAACAUUAUAUCCUGCAGGCUCUAUUUAUACGUCAAUGAAUUCAACAAAUCCAGCAACAGUUUUAGGUUUUGGAACUUGGACUCAAAUAGUCGACAGGUUUUUGUAUUGUGCAAACUCUUCAAAGGAAACAGGUGGAAGUAAAACGAUUUCAGGUGAAAAUUUACCUGCACACAGUCACUACAUAGAUUUAAGUACAUCUCAAGCAGGUUGGCAUAAGCAUAGAUAUUGGGAUUGGUCAGCAAUGACAAAAGGUAAAGGAUAUGAUGUUAAAGACAACGUUAAGUUUGCUAUAAAUUGUU